AUGCGCUUUUCCUCCAUUAUCACCGGCCUUGCCCUUGGCGGUGCUGCUGUUGCGCAUCCCGGGCAUAAUGUGCAGCAGGAGGCCGCAGAGCGACGUGACUAUCUCCAGUCGGUCAAGCGCACAUCCCUUGGCCACUGCGCCGCCAAGCUCAAGGCCCGCAACCUGCAGGUGGAGAAUGUGCGUCGUCGUGUCGCGCGGGUGGAAAAGAUGCGCCAGAAGCGUGGCAUCAAGAGGCGUGAUCUCUCCAGUGUCCUCGCCACGGACCACAACGAGACCUUGGCCGGCUACACAAACACAACGGAUCCGGCCACCCUGUUUUCUGGCUACAACUCCUAUGUGGCUGGUGAAUACGUCCGCGAGAAUAUUAUUGAGGACCGGGAAGGCGUCGACAUCGCUCUCGACUACCAGGUGAUCGAUGUGGAUACCUGUGAGCCGGUUCCCAAUGUGUACGUCGAGAUCUGGCACUGCAAUGCGACGGGUGUCUACUCGAGCAUCGUUGCCAACGGCAACGGUGAUUCUUCGGACGAUUCCAACAUCAACAAGACGUGGCUCCGCGGAAUCCAUCUGAGCGACGACAACGGUGUGGCCGAGUUUGAGUCCAUUUUCCCGGGCCACUACACCAGCCGUGCCACUCACAUCCACGUCAUGGUGCACACCAACGCCACGCUGCUAGCCAACAGCACUCUGGGCACUGCGAGCUAUGCCAGCCACGUCGGCCAGACAUUCUUCGACCAGAGCCUCAUCACAGAGGUUGAGCUUCAGGCACCCUACAACACGAACACGCAGGACCUCACGGCCAACGCGGACGACUCCAUCCUGAGCGAAGAGGCAGACACAGAAGAUGUUGACCCCCUGAUGGAGUACACCCUCCUCGGUGACAGCAUCUCGAACGGUCUCUUUGCCUGGAUCGCCUUUGGCAUCAACUCUACGCUGUCCGACUCGGUUACACCUGCUGCGUACCUAUACGCGGACGGUGGAGUUGAGAACUCAGCGUCGUCUGUGGGCGGUGGCUCUAAUGGCGGUUCUGGUGGCAGCCCGUCAAACGGCACCUCCACUGGAAAUGGCACUGCGCCGUCUGGAAUUGCUUGA